UUGUUUUGGUUUGUAAACAAAAGCAAAACCGUCUCCACAAGAAUGGACGACAAGCGGAACUUCCGAUCGACGUACUACGAAAAAGUGGGCUGCCGGGGCGUCGAGGAGCGCAAAUCGCUGGAAAUUCUGCUCAAGGACAAACCGCUGAACGUGCUGAAACUGAAGCAGUUUUGCAUCCUGUUUACCGUGCCCAACAUCCACCGGAAUGUUCUGUGGAACUUUUUGUUGGGCGUCACCCCGGCCUACACUGACUCGCGCCAGUACGUGAUGCAGCAACGCAUAGCCGUAUACGACGAUCUACUGCGCGCCCUGCAGGUCAUGGGCACGAUCGACGACAAAACGCCCAAGAACCGGGUGCUGUACGCGAUGUGGCUGCUGGAAACGAAGCAGCUCUGUCUGGGAUUCGAUCUUCAGCAAGAGUGCUCCUUCGUGAACAUCACCGAAGUGCUGCUGCAGGUGUUCGAGAACGACAUCGAGAUCUACUGGAUGGCGAAGGGGUUCCACGUGCUCAGCGAAGAAAUUCGUGAGGAAAUGGGCAUGCUGCUGGAUCUGACCGAAACCAUCCUGGAAAAAGAAGACAACGGGAUCUACAUUCAUCUCAAACAGUGCGACAUCCUGCCAGGUUUACCACUGCCCAAGUGGUACAGUUCGUUCUUUUCGGGUGUGCUGUCGGAACUCGCCCUGAUUCGCAUUUGGGACAAGAUCUGCGGUCGAUCGAACAAGAUUGUAAUUUUUGUCUUCAUCGAGAUUAUGCGCACGCUGCGAAGGCGCGUUCUGCGCUGCAUGGAUCUGAAAUCGCUGCUGGAGUGUAUCGAUAGUAUUAAGGACGAACAGGAAACGGCCGACAUGAUCGUGAACAAGGCAAUCGAGUUGUGGCAGCAGAACAAGGGCCACAAGGAGUACAACAUACCGAAGCCGCUCAACUGAGAUCGGCCUCAGCUGGGACGAAGUUUCUCAGAAUAAAAAUAAUCUAGUUUAAGUAUAUUGUACUGAAUAUAUUAAAGUUAAUCAAAUCGUAAAACUAA